CAACAGUGCUAUAGGCCAGCAAGUGUGUUGAUAUUUUGUGCUUAUUACUAACAUUGUGUGCCUAUACCUAAUUCACUUUUUAUACCCCGACUUCCAACCAGUUGCUAGUUUAGCGUUCAGUUGAACGGUUGUCUUUGCGCGUGUCGCUUCGUUCGUUGUGUAUUCGUAGUUCCCGCGAGUUCAGCCCGGGUAGGCUGCAAUAGCCGCGCAUGCAUUCCUGUAGUAGUGUGCCGGUGGAACCGUGGGAUUGUUGUGUGCACUUAGCUUUGUUGGAUUUUGGAUGUGGCAGAUGUGAAGAAUGGUGAAGAAAUAAAAGCAAACAGAGAAAAACAAGUUGAUCAAAGCUACAGAGCGUGAGUCAUCCCGUGGCUUAAAGUUUUGAACAGCAGUCUGAACAGUGUUGUGCGAAUCGGGCGGAUGUUCUUUGCGUCGUGGUGAUUAAUUACGCAUUCGUUACAUGGUUGCUGCAGAAAUCACAUCGCCGUUGGACGUCUUCGCUCUUGAGUAGUUCAAACCUGUCUUCCGCUACAGCCAAGCAGCAGGUGAAAUUUAAAGCAAACAUUCAAUACCGCACAAGCCCUCACACCGAUUCAUUGCGCCCGCUAAUGUCUGCCAUCCGACUCUAAUUCCAUCGGCCUGCACUAUGGACAUUUCGCAGUCUUCCUCAUCCACAUCGCCGCCCCGACGCAGCAGCAUACCGAUUCCGAAGCGCAAGAGCUCCCUUCAUCUGUACAUAGCCAACACGAUCAGCCAGGGUCAAUCGUCGAGGGGAAACUCACAAUCCCCGUCGACAUCGUCUGCUUCCUCGACCCACGAAGACCAGCAGGGCCACCCGGGCAGACUGAUGACGAUGAUGCUGGAGGGCGACACCUUUUCACCGACCAAUUCGGCCUCGUCCUCCCGGUCUGCCACGGCCAUGGGUAUGCACAGUUCGCUGUAUGUUCCCCGCACCGGCAGCAGCCAUUCAGCAGCGGCUGAAAUCAGCACCAACGACUAUCUGCAGCUGCGUGAGAAUCACAACCGGCUGAUCAACAAGUGCGAAGAAAUGACGAAACGCAAUCAAAAUCUCGAAAGUACCAAUCAACUGCUGAAGAAAAGCGUAGGUGCCCUUCAAGCCGACAUGGCCGUCCUUAAAAAGGAACGAAGUGACUUCAUCGACAAAAAUCGUAAAUUGAAGAAAAAGCUCGGUGAAAUAGUUCCCACCGGUGGAGAUGCAGGUAGCAGCGAUGAUGAAAAUGCUGAAAAAAGCGGAACAAAAUCCUCGAAUGCAGUGCCCAUUGUUGAUGGCAAUGUUUCGAAGGAAAGCGAAAUGGACAGUCUGCUGAAUGAGAUGGAAAAGCUCAAGUCCUAUCUGAACAAUGUAGAGCUUCAAUUGUAUGAGGCAAACGAGAAGAUAUCCGAGCUACAAGAGAGUAAGCAACAAGUUGAGGAGACAAACGUAAAGUUGCGUACGGAAAAUGCUGAACUCAGCAAAAUCGCGCGCCUCAUGUCGGUCAACAUUCUGGAAUCAAUUGAUACAAGCAAGCGAUUGGAGAACUCAUACAUCCAGGUGCGAAGAGAACGCGACAACCUAGCUCGUCAAAACCGGGACUCGGUAGAUUCGAAAACCGGUCCCAACGAAGAAAUUCAGAAAAUCCGAUCCGAAAUGGAACUCAAGCGGAAAACGUUUGAGGCGCAGUUCAUAGAAUACAAAUCACUAAUGGAACAGGAGCUUUCGCGCAACACCAACGAACAAAUCAUAACACUCCAGCUGGAGGUGGAUAGAUUAAAGCAGGAUCUCGCAGAAACGCUAAACCGCGCCGAACGAGCUGAGGAAGAAGCACGGGAUUUGCGAAGCUUACUUCGCGCCAGCCAGUUGCAGGAGCGCCAAUUUUACUCCCAGCUAGAUCUGGACAAGCUGAGCCUCCGUGGUGGGGACGGUGACAACGAUUCGUUGCUGUCCGGUGUGAGCGGAUUCGCGGGCUCGACGGCGGUGUUGGAUCCAAUCCAAACAGUACCACCUCCACCUCCACCCCCAGUUCCACCUCCUCCUCCGCCGCCAUUACGAUUUUCUUCAGCUGGUGCAGCAGCAACCGGAACAAGUACUGUGGGACUAAGCGAAGCAAUCACUAUGCAAAAAUUAAAUCACGUCGGAAUGAAGCAUGCGAAUAGCAGACAGCAGCAAGCAACAGGUCUAGAUUCGGUGAUUGCCGACAUCAAGAGCGGCCGUGUGACACUCCGACGCCGCAAACCGAACGUGCUGAACGAAUUAGGUGAUUCCAGUCCCAACACCGACUCAGCAAGCUCUCACACCUCUGCUUCGGCCGCCGGUAGCAGCAGGCGAAGUCAGCAGAGCUACAGUCAGAUGGUAGCGAAAAAUCCCGCCCUUCGCGAAAUGUAUGAAAUUCUAGAGCGAAUGAAGCGACGGAAUCGCAAAUCAAAGAUCAUUUUUGAAUCCGACCUGGUGCUGUCGGCUGCUGGUGAAGACAAGAUUGCUUCAGAGGGAGUGCUGUGUGGAGUAAAACAGAUGGGUACUGAUGUGUCCGGUCCUGCUGUGGUUGACGUUACGGAUACUGGACGGAGAGGUGUUCGGACUGUGAUUACCGGUGUCGUUGAUGUUUAAAUGAUUGACGUUCAUCAUAUAUAGAUAAAUAUGCGCAAAUUACUAGAAUUACACGGAAAGUGAUUCAACUUAACAUAUUGCAUUUUAUACUUACUGAUUCCGCUAGAUCUAGAAGUUUUCCUGUUUACUUAGCUAAUUUUAAAAUUGUUGUUUUUAAUGAUAAUAAUGCCAAUAAAUAAGAA